AUGGCUACAAGACAAGAGUUGUUGUCGGCGAAUCCCUCUGAAUUCCGUGUUACUUCGCUCCCACGCCCAUCAGUCUUUGACAUAAGCUCGACCGAGCCUCAACAGUCCUAUAGUCGCCCAAGCUUUACUCAGGAUAAUAUGACCAGUUAUGAUGAAGAGCCCUCAAGUGUUUACGGUUCACAGCCUGCAACUUACGGGGUAUCCACGACAUUACCCCAUGGAGCCCUUGGAGGCUACUACGAGGUCGCAUGGUCAAAGACAUGUCAUUCCGACCUUAACGUUGCCAGGGAAGGGCUUUUGCCCGAUCAUGAGGCGGAUGGCACGUUUCACCAUCCCAAUUACGCGUAUAUGAUGUCGGUGCCGGGAACCCAAUCUACAGAUACGACUUUUAUGCCCUCAAUGGUUGCUCUUUCAUCUGAGGAACAAGGGGCAGACCGGACACUUCCCACCCCCGGUGGGCGGAACCAGCUUCAACUGGAUCUUUCGGCGCUUCCAACAUCGUCCGGUACCAUUUCUGGGAUUCCUCAACAAGACUGUAGGGCUGGACACCCCUGGGCACCCAAAGCUAUCAUCACUGCCAACAACGCCCGGUCGAUGAAGCAAUCCACCCCCGAACCUUUCAACAAUAGUCCUCUAAACAGGGCAAAGCAACCCCCAUCGAACACGCAGGAGAUGGUGCUUGGAUAUUUACCAAUGACAUCGGCUAGUGCUUCGUCAUCGUCGAUGCCCUCCUGUGGCACGUUCACUCGAUUGAACUCAGCGAAUUCCGGUGAAGAGCUGCAGAUAAAUGAGGAAGUCCCAAUGCGACAUCCGAUCUUGACUAAGAGUGCCCGAAUUUCUCUUAUGGACGAUAGCUCCAAUAUCUACGGUUACUGCAGCUCUGAGAGGAGAAAGGGACCCAAACCCGGCACUUCCGGGAUGUUGAUGAACGGACUUCCUUACACACGACCACCCGAGCAGCUCCAAAGCACACCCUCUUUAACAUUCAGCUUGCCGGUAGCAGACGGCCUUUCGGGCCCCGGGACAACCACAGAAGCACAUCGGACGCAAGCUUUGAGUAACCCGGGGGGCUUCUAUUCCGAGGCGUGCUGA